GACUAGGAACAAAUCGCUCAAAGGCAUGCAUUGUAUACACCUGAGAAUGAUUUUCGUUGUGUUGCUUCUGCCAUGCACACAUCAACGACCUGUGAGGAGAUCGAAACGCAACUUGAGCAGCCAUCGCUGGAAUCAUCCCUGCACUGCCAACCCUCUUCCGGUGCUUCACGAUAUCGUCAGAAUGCCUGCCAACAUUGUACUUCCGGUUUAUGAUAUUCGACGUAUACUUUCGUCUUCUCUCAUCGCACUUAAGGACACGAUUGAAAUUGUCAACUCAGCAUUGAUGACACUGGGAGAAAGCAUGCCCUGUUCUCUGCCUCGUUCUACCUCUAGGAACUACAUGCACGCUGACAUGUACACGACGAUACCGACCACGCAUGCGCACUGUGACGGCCUGGACGAGUUGCUGGGUGAAGUGUUCUACGAGGGGUUUCCAAGAUGUACCGUACAGAACCUCUGUACUACGAAUGUGUUUCAGCUGCAGCAAUGUUACGAGGACCUUCAGCUGAGUGUGAUCGCACUAGAAAUGUUAACACUCGGCAGUGCAGAUCAUCGACGAUACCGAUUUCCAGCCAAUGAUAUCGACAGAUUAAUUCAUAAACAAUAUGAUGUGUUGUGUUUUCUUCUCGAUGUGGAUUCAGUUUCACAGACUUUCAUGAGCUUGACAGAUUUCUAUACCAGAUCACGUGGUGCGUUUGAGGCACUCGGAACAUUAAGCGUUAGCGAUUUCCAAGAAAUGGCGUAUAUAGUGUUGCGAGGGGUUCGAACGUCACUGACUCAUGUCAAAUCCAUCAUCGAAUUUCGUAUUAGUAUUCUGCAGUAGCAUCUGAUGUCAGAUUGCAACCAAAUAAAUGAAAUACGCUUUAAAUGUUUAAAAUAUUAAUAUCGAUGAAUAAGUUAUACAACUAAACACCGUUUUUCAAUGAAAACGAAAGGCAUCUAUCAGUGGCGGAUCC